AUGCAGAAUGGCAAGCAGCUAGCGAAGAAGAGGGAACACGGGAAAGACCUCGGGAACGCCCCACGGAAAGGUGAGACAGACCAACCUUGUAACAAUGUCGCUGUCGCACUUCUGGGGGCGUUUUUCCCGCCCAAGCCGGCCUUCACCGAGGCGAACCUGCCCGCAGACCUCUAUGGUAAGAAGACCGCCGCUGACGCCUUCCUCGCCCGCGAGCAGCGCCUAGACGUGCUCUUUAACAAUGCCGGUAUCAUGGUCGGCCCGAGCGAGUCCGGCAAGCCUAUUCCUGUGACAGCGCAGGGGUAUGAGCUCUGCCUAGGCGUCAACUGCGUGGCCACCCACCUACUGACUAAGCUAUUAACGCCGACUCUCGUCGCCACCGAGGGUCUGACGCGUAUUAUCUGGUAUAGCUCGUUUGGUAUGGAGAUUGGCGCGCACCAGGACGUAGGUAUUGCUACCGACAACCUCGAUUACCAUAAGCCAGAAAAGGAAACCCAGCGCUAUAGCCUAAGCAAGACGGGCGCCUGGGCUCUGGGAAUCGAGCACAACCGCCACUAUAGAGCUCAAGGCGUCGCUAGCAUACCUAUCGAUCCUGGUAACGUCGUCUCCGGCUUACCUCGCGACCAAGGCCUACAGCUACGCAUCGUCGCUAAGCUAGUGUGCUAUCCGACUGUUUACGGUGCCUACACGGCACUUUACGCCGGAUUUUCGCCGGAGGUUGUUUCCGACCAGGUCGACUGGACCAAGGAGUGGGGUUGCUCCAUUUGGACGUAUAUCUCCGCUCCGGUCCGAUUUAACUAA